UCUUUUCCCUUUUGUUUUUCUUUUUGUUAAUAAUUAUCCCUUUUGUUUUUCUUUUUGUUAAUAAUUAUCCCUUUUGUCAUAUGAUAAUAUAAUAUAGGGGAAUGAAAUCUUGACCUUGACUCAUCUUGCCCCAGCUUAACUGUGUAGAGAAGGACUGAAUUAGAUUUGUGCUAACAUUGUCAAUUCUGUAUUAACUUUAUAGAGCUUCGCGAUUAAGGAUGUAUUAUUUUGUGUUAUCAUCAUACUUUGUGAAAAUGAUGUCCCCUCCCUAACCCAUUUCGUACGGAAGUGCUCGGUUCUCGUUUUGUUUUUUUCAAUCAAGUUGGAACUUGCAAAGUGAUUUGACAGAUAGAAGUGGAUUAUGAUGGUUAAGCAACUUAUUCGUGCAAUUGUGCAAAAUAAAAUAAUUAAGCCGAAUCAGAACCAAUGGAAACCCCAGUAGAACUAUCUAAUUACUAUGAAUCUAUGAUCAAGUAAUCCUCAUUGGUGUGGCACAGACUAUUUAGAUGAUAAUGGUUGAGCAUAAAAUUACAAUUAUUUACUCACACCAAUAACCAAAUUAAUACACAAUCCUAAUAUACCAUGAUAUCUAUUCUUAUGCAUACUCACACACAAGUUCCUAUAUGUAUGACUGAAUGUGUUUUGAAGGUAGAGAAAAGCCUUCAAAGUCAUCCACAAGCAGUUAGAGUAAUUCUUGCUCUCCAAUAUGAAAUUCAUGUCAAUAAUUCCAAUUUGGCUGUGAAUUUUGACCCCACAAUACAGAGGCUUUAACUCUACUGGUUCUGGUCUGCUGCCCUAAGCAGAUUUUUAGCUGAACUAGUCAGUCCUAUACACUUUUAUUUUUCUUCAUUCCCAUUAAUUGUGUUCGGUUGAAAAAGGUAAGCCAUGACAAUGAGAAAUGGCCUCCAAUCCUAAAAUGAAAAAUAAUAAUAGAAACAAAAAGAAAAUCUCUUGUGAGCCACAAAGGUCAACCACCUUCACCAUUAGUUUUUUUUCCCCUGCACGUUCUCUACUACUUGUUCCCCUACGCAGGCUUGCACCCUUCAACUGUUAAUUUAACUCCCUCAUACUCAUAGUCUGAUAGUCAUAGUGCCCCACUGGCCCCACCUCCAUGAUUCUACUUCUACUUAAUGGCUUCCCAUUUUUCUCCAUAGUUAUAUAAAUUAUAAACAAACUCCUCUUAGAAAUAACAGAAAAAAGGGUCUCUAUGAUGGAGCAUUCUCUGAAUCCAUCUAUGGGGAAAGAAGCAGUCUCUGAUGAAGAGAGUGGGUGGACUUCUUACUUCCAAGACUUAUCUCAAGGCAUGGUGAUCAAAGAGCAAAGCUACUGUCUCAGUUUUGGUGGUGGAUCCUCUUUGGUCUCAGAUGCUUCUUCUUCUUCUGCUGCUGCAUGGAAGAAAUUCUCUUCAAUCCAGCAGGAUAAUAAUCAUAAUCACAAUCAUCACCUUCCUUCUUGUUCUUCAGUUAUUAGGAAGCCUUUAAGCCUCCCUAAGAAACUUUGUUUCAAGAAAACAAGAGCCAAGCAGAUAUCACAAGAAGAUGAUGAUCCCUUGGAAGACACUGCUAGUUCCCCUCUCAAUAGUCCCAAGGUAGGAGACUUGAAUUCAACAGAAACUAUUUCAAGGAAGAUUGAUGAUUAUCAACUUGGUUCUGUGGUAUAUACUAUAUAUAUGGUAACAAGGGAUUGGAAUCAGAGUUGCAGACAAAUGAGGGUGGUGAAGUGAAUUUUCAUGGAAAGAAGAAUAUUGAUGAGUGCAAUGAUUUGAAGAAAAGAGGGCUAUGCUUGGUUCCUUUUUCCAUGUUGGUUAAUUAUUAUGGCUGAAUGAUUGAUACCAUUCCAAAAAUGUGCCCUUCAAUUCCUCAUCUACUUUUUCUAUGUUGAUUCUAUGUAGCUCAAGUUGUAGAAUUGGAUACUCAAUGUGAUUUGUGACUCAUCAUAAUUUUUAUCAUACCAAUCAAUGUUAACAAUC